GGGAGGGAGGCGCCAAGAGCGCGGCACUUCCGCUAGCCGCCCGCUCGCUGGCUGCUAGCGGAGGCGGCGGAGGGUACGCGCGGCCCGGGGACUCGCAUUCCCCGGUCCCCCUCCGCCCCACGCGGCCCGGGUCAUGGACACCAGGUGGUGGGCAGUGGUGGUACUGGCUGCGCUCCCUUCCCUGGGUGCUGGUGGGGAGACUCCUGAAGCCCCUCCGGAGUCAUGGACCCAGCUGUGGUUCUUUCGCUUUUUGGUGAAUGCUGCUGGCUAUGCCACCUUUAUGGUACCUGGCUACUUCCUGGUGCAUUACUUCAGGAGGAAAAACUACCUGGAAACAGGUGUUCUACCUUACUUGGGGUGUGCUGCAGGAAAGAGUGAUGACCCGAAGCUAUGGGGCUACAGCCACAUCACCAGGUGAGCGCUUCACGGACUCACAGUUCCUGGUGCUAAUGAAUCGUGUGUUGGCACUGAUUGUGGCUGGCCUCUACUGCCUCCUCUGCAAGCAACCUCGACAUGGGGCACCCAUGUACCGGUACUCCUUUGCCAGCCUGUCAAAUGUGCUAAGCAGCUGGUGCCAGUAUGAAGCUCUCAAGUUCAUCAGUUUCCCCACCCAGGUGCUGGCCAAGGCUUCUAAAGUGAUCCCUGUCAUGCUGAUGGGAAAGCUGGUGUCUCGACGCAGCUAUGAACACUGGGAAUACCUAACAGCUGGACUUAUCUCCAUCGGGGUCAGCAUGUUUUUGCUGUCCAGUGGACCAGAGCCCCGUAGCUCCCCAGCCACCACACUCUCAGGCCUCAUCUUAUUGGCAGGCUACAUCGCUUUUGACAGCUUCACCUCAAACUGGCAGGAUGCCCUGUUUGCCUAUAAGAUGUCAUCAGUGCAGAUGAUGUUUGGGGUCAAUUUCUUCUCCUGCCUCUUCACAGUAAUCUCGCUGCUACAGCAGGGGGCCCUCCUGGAGGGGACCCGCUUCAUGGGGCGACACAGUGAGUUUGCCGCCCAUGCCUUGCUACUGUCUGUCUGUUCCGCAUGUGGCCAGCUCUUCAUCUUCUACACCAUUGGGCAGUUUGGGGCUGCUGUUUUCACCAUCAUCAUGACCCUCCGUCAGGCCAUUGCCAUCCUUCUUUCCUGCCUCCUCUAUGGCCACACUGUCACUGUGGUGGGUGGGCUAGGGGUAGCUGUGGUCUUUGCUGCCCUUCUGCUCAGAGUUUAUGCCCGAGGCCGGCUAAAACAACGGGGAAAGAAGGCUGUACCUAUGGAGUCUCCAGUGCAGAAGGUCUGAAAAGAUAAGGACCUGAGAGGUGAAAUGUAAUAGGACCCUCAACAUACUUUCAGAGGUGCUGGCUCAAGGGCAAAAUAUGGGUUUUCUCAUCAUAAACCAGCUCUGCAGCUGGGGAUGGGGAGCCCAGAAGGGGAUGGGGAGCCCAGAAGGUAUCUUCCCUUUUGCCUUAAGCCACCAUCCUCCAGUAGGCAAGUUGAGCCUCAGGGUAGAAGGAGGUCUUGGGGUAUGGAUGUGUAAAGGGAAAGCUCCUCCAUCAAGCUUUUAGUAGUUUUGACCCACUUGGUGGCUCUGCUACCAGCAACUUAUCUGCUUGCCCCCUACCUUCUAUAUACUCUCAUUUCUUACUGUUGAGAGAAGCACAAGUAUUGUAGGGUCCAAAUGCUGCUUACCCAGGAGGGCAAGUAAAGAUGGUAGUGCCAAGGGAGGUGAAUGAAGAGCCCUGCUCAACAUAACUAUGCCCUUGGGGUCCUAGGCUCUGCUCCAUGAGCCAAUUAGAGGUUUUGGUACUUCGGGAAAUGUCACUUUUUGCUCUUAUAAUUUUAUUAAAACUGCUGCAAUGGA